CUCUUCGGGAAAGUCCAGCCAAGAACAGAACCCGUGUGCAAAACACCUCUUCGAUCCAUUUUGGACAGACUGAUACAUAGUUAUACUAUACUUCUAGUUCAUUUUGAGUACAAGAACAAGUGGACUCAGCAAGUACGUGGACUCAGCAGACCAAACGAAAUCAUUUGAAAGCAUUUUGAGUACAAGAACAAGUGGACUCAGCAAGUACUAGACGUGGACUCAGCAGACCAAACAAUACAAUUGAAAUUAAGUUGAGUACUCGAACAAGUGGACGGACUCAGCAGACCAAACGAAAACAUGUAUAAGAAUGGUGUAGUUCUCGAUACGAGUCUGAGUUUCCUUGCAUAUCAUCCAGAAUACAUGGACAUCAUAAUGGACUCUUAUUAUUCAUGUUCUUCAAAGUAUGCUUAUAAGGCCAUGGAGAAGAUCGUGCAGAAGCGGCAAAAGCAGGAGGAGAUGAUGUUGGAGAAGGAACAAAAGCUGGAGCUCCGUGAGGAGAAGCUGAAGGAGGAGCUGAAGCUCCGUGAGGAGAAGCUGAAGGAGGAGCUGAAGCUCCGUGAGGAGGAGCUGAAGGAGGAGCUGAAACUCCGUAAGGAGGAGCUGAAGCUUGUGGAGAAGUUGGAGGAGCUCCGUCAGGAGCAGGAGCUCCUUGAGGAGAAGCUGAAGGAGGAGCUGAAGCUCCGUGAGGAGGAGCUGAAGGAGGAGCUGAAACUCCGUAAGGAGGAGCUGAAGCUUGUGGAGAAGUUGGAGGAGCUCCGUCAGGAGAUUUUGGAUCUGGACCACCACAGGCUUAGAGCAAACCUUAGAUGUGCACCCCGCAGUGCAGGUGUGUCUGGUGUAUCAAAUUUGGUCCCUAGCAUCAUAGGAGGAGAACAAACUGAUGAAAACCGCUUUUUAAAGUUAGAAAACAUGGGUGUGAAGAAUGCAAGGAACAUGGUAGCAAAAAUACGGAGAGAUAAUGCAGAAAUCAAAGUACUGAAUAAAAGAAUCGAAGAAAAGAAAAGACUAAUGGUUGUGUCGAUAUCGGGUUAUCAGAGUUUUAUUAUCACAGUUGCAAAAAUGAGCGAAGAAGUUAACAAUCCUACAAAGAAACUUUUCAGCCAACCAUUUUUUCUGGAGAAGUAUCGAUACAAAUUAAGUCUUCAAGUGAACAUGGACGGCAGUGGAGGAAGUCUAUCUGUGUUUGUCCACAUCAUGAAAGGGGACUUUGACAGUAUUCUGAAAUGGCCUUUUAUGCACAGGAUUGCCAUAAAGGUGAAGAACCAGAAAGAGGGAGAUGAUAGUGUUCAUAUUGUUCAACCAGAAUCAACAGGCAUUCAAAAACCGGAAAUUAACCAAAACAUAACGUUUGGAAGCCGAAACUUUCCAACCUACUCUGAACUACUGACAGGAGGAUUUGUCCGAGAUGACAGCAUCAGUAUUGAGUGUGAAGUACUUUGGAAUUAAUAAACAUGACACAAAACAGUAUUACGAUUAGUAGUAUAACCCAACUCGUUUUUGCUUACAAUUUUGUACGUAGUAUAUCUAUGAUUGAUAAUUAGUUUGCACUGUACACAUUGAUUUAUAAGUCAUUAUGUGCAUAUGUUCAUCAAAAUGUUUUCUGGUG